AUGUGGCCGGAGCGUGCGUCGCAGCGGCGCGCGUACGAGCCCGAGGACGAGGAUCUCGAGGCGCUGCUUGCGGCCGAGGAGGAGAUUGCGGGAGAGUGGGCGCCACCGCGCGCGUUCGAUGACGAGCCGAGUCACGACCCCCAGGACGUGCUGUUCCUGGGGAUGGACGAGGACGAAGACGCGCUCGACGCGAUGCGCGAAGCCGAGGCCGAGGAGCACACGCCGGUGCACGACGAGGACGUCGAGAUGGCCGAGGCGCCGGCGGCGCCGGCGGCACCGGUCGUGCCGGCCGUGCCUGUAGCGCCCGUGGCGCCACAGGCGGUGCCGUCCACGUCUGCGAUACCCAAAUACAUUCCUGCCGAGCCGAUCCAGGCGGUGACGUCCGACGGGACGCCUAUUACCAUCUCACGCCGCCGGCGCACGCGCGGAUGGAAGCCCCCUGUUGCGCAGCCGACGUCGUCGAGUGAAUUCCUCGCCGAGCCACUCCAGCGCCUGAUGCAGCGGGCGCGCGAGCCGCUGCCCGAGCGGCCGCGCAUGCGCGCACGCACUGCAUCGCCGGUGAUGUGGGUCGAAAAGUACCGUCCCCGCAAGUUUACCGAGCUCAUCGGCGACGACCGCGUGCACCGCGACGCGCUGCGGUGGCUCAAAGAGUGGGACCCCUGUGUCUUUGGCCGCGAGGGCCCUGCAGCGCGGAAGCGCUUCCACGACGACGAGGAGGAGCGUGCGCCGGAUGCGUACAGGCGUCCUCACGAGCGCGUGCUCCUCGUCUCCGGCCCCCCCGGCCUGGGCAAGACGACGCUGGCGCACGUCAUUGCUGAGCAGGCCGGCUACCGAGUCUAUGAGCUGAAUGCAAGCGAUGCGCGCACGGCCGGCGACGUCGAGGCGCGUGUGCGUGUGGCGCUCGAGUCGGAUAGUCUGCGUGGCGCCGGCAAGCCGACGAUGGUCGUCAUUGACGAGAUCGACGGAGCGACCGGCGGCGAAGGCCUCGGCACAGCGAGCUUUAUCCGCGCGCUCGUGCGCCUGAUUGAGCGCGGCAAAGGCGACAGUCGCCGGCACCGCGGCACGGACGUCGGCAAGAAGAAGAAAGCGCCGCCGCCCAUCCUGCGGCCGAUUGUGUGUGUGUGCAACGAUCUGUACGCGCCUGCGCUGCGUCCGCUGCGCCCGUUUGCGCGGAUUCUGCGCUUCCACCGCCCCCCCACGCCUGCGAUUGCGCGGCGCCUCUCGCAGAUCUGCGCCGGCGAGGAGCUCAAGGCGGAUACACGCAGCCUGUCGCUCCUGUGUGAGCUGACGCACGGCGAUAUCCGUGCGUGUCUGCACGCGCUCGAGAUGCUGCGCAGCCGCGACGUGGCGGUGAACGACGAGGCGAUCACGCAGUCUACGAUCGGGAUCAAGGACAGCGUCGUGUCGCAGCAGCGGCUCUUUGCGCAGCUCUUUUGCGCGGUCGACGCAACCACCUCGUCCUUCCACGCGAAGCGCACGCGGCAGGCCAAGGCGACGCUCCACGACCGCGUGCAGGCGCUCGUGCACGAGAUCACGGGCCACGGCGAGUACGACCGCCUGGCGCUGGGGUGCUUUGAGCACUAUCCCCACCUCCGCCUCGCCGACCAAGGCUGGCACCGCUACCGCGACGCGCACGACUGGCUGCACUUUGCGCAGGCCAUGACGCAGCGUGCGUACGGCGCGGGCGGCUCGCCGGCCUACGAGCUUUUUGCGUUCCUGCCGUGGGCGUUUGUCCCGUUCCAUCUGCUCUUUGCGAACCUCGCGAAUCCGCUGCCCGAGCAGAUGCCGCGCACGGACUAUGAGAACCACUUGCGGCUUACCGAGAUGCACGAGCUCGUGGCGACCGUGCGCACGCACCUCCCCCCCGCGAGCCUGCCCUUUUACGGGCGACAGGCGAUCGCAACCGAGCUUGGCCCCGCGCUUGUGCGCAUUCUGAGCCCCGACUUGAAACUGCACACGCAGCAGGCGAGUGCCGCGUCCAAGGGCGAGCUGAGUGCGCUCGUGGAUACCAUGCUUUCUCUGUCGUUGUCCUUUGCGCCCGACCGCACUGAGGACGGCGCGGUGGUGCAGCGGCUGCAGCCUGUCCUCGACGCGUUUGGCGCGUUUGGCGACGAGAUCAAGUGCGACGUCGGUCCCCAGCGCCACGGCGUGCGUCAGCAGGUGCAGCGCGAGGUCGAGCGCGAGGCCGCGCGCCGCCGCCCGGUGGUUGAGCAUGCGUCUCGGUACGACGUCGCGCCGGUCAAGGAGCACACCAAGCAGAGCCUCGUGACGCUCGACUUUUUCGGGCGCCCCGUCGCGGCGCCUGCGCCGCCGACCCCCGCCAAGGUCGAGCGCAAGGAGCUGCGUGUCUUUUACCGGUACCACGAAGGGUACUCGAAUGCGGUCCGCAAAGCGAUCAAGCUGUCUGCACUGCUGUAG